AUGGAAAUGCUUGGGUAUGCUAUGCUAUGCCAUGCUAGACGGACGACCGUGAUCCGUGCUUUUCCUCACUACCUGAGGCGAGAGAAGUUCAAGCAGGUGAGGUCGACGGCAAUGCGCGAAGGUCGGGGCGCAUUGCGAAAUCUAGUUGCUCUGUAUUAUGGAUGGGGUAUGAUAUGGGAUGGACGAGUGAAUGGCUGGCAGGCUUUUUAUGAUGCGUACGAAAUAUGGAAACGAAGAUCAUGGGAAGGAGGCGCACCGCAGGGCGCAGAGAAGAGGCACUUCACAUGA